AUGGUGAUCCGAAGCGUCCUAGUCACCGGUGGUCUCGGCUUUGUUGGCUCGGCCAUUGUCGAUGCACUGUACAAGAAGUACCCUUUCAGUUUGAUCAUAAUCUUGGACAUUAGUGAAGGUAUCUUCGAAUGGAAAAAGAAGUCGAAAUACCCGCCGACCAUCAGCUUUGUGGCAUGCGAUAUUCUAGAUGAGGAGAAGCUAAAAGGUGUCCUUCGCCACACCAAGCCGGAUGUCGUUGUUCACACGGCCGGAAUAGUUCCUCCGUUGAGCGAAAGAUACCAUCGCAGGAUAGAGGAGAUAAUACUACAUGUGAAUGUCGAGGGAACUCGUAAUGUCUUGAAUGCAACAAGAGAUGCUGGGGCAGGUGUAUUUAUCUACACAAGUAGCUGUUGCUCCGUGGUUGAUGAUUGGGCGCAUCCGUAUCCAAAUAUUGAUGAAAGAUGGCCGACAGCAAAAAGGGCAUCAAUUUAUGGGGAAUCAAAGGCAAAAGCAGAAAAAAUUGUUCUAGCAGCAGAUUCCACUACGUUCUCAACAUGCAUCCUUCGACCAUCAGUCAUCAUGGGCCCGGGUGAUAAACAGCUUAUUCCACCUAUACACGCCUGUAUAGCAAAAGGAGAGACCCCCUUCAUUAUUGGAUCAGCCGAUAAUCUCUGGGAUAUAACCUACGUUACAAAUGUCGCAGAUGCUCAUUUCCUUGCUGCUGAAAAUCUCCGCUCGAAUACGCCAACCGCUGCUGGUGAAAUCUUCUUUAUACAAAACAACACGCCAAUCACAUUCCGUGAUUUUAGCGUAGCUGUAUGGAAAGAGUUCGGACAUAUCCCGCCUUAUGAAGUGACGGUACCGGAAAGUUUAGCCUGGGCAGCCGGCCUGUUGGCAGAGGUUGUCUCGUGGUUAACUGGGUCAAAAGGACCUACUUUAAGUAGAGACAGUGUGAAUGAUGCUUGUGCUGUUAGAUAUGCGAAUGGCGAAAAGGCGAAACGAAUCCUGGGAUACGAAGCAAGAGUAGGUUUGGAGGAGGGGAUUCGCUUGAGUUGUGAGGCGUACAAGAAGAGACUCGCGAGCCAAAAAGAAGAAUAG